AUGGAUUCAUCUGAUGUAGACGUAAUGCUACAAGUGCCUGUACUAUACGGCAGUCUUCUACUUCAAGUGACUGUACCGUACGACAGUCUUCUACUUCAAGUGACUGUACCGUACGGCAGACUUCUACUUCAAGUGACUGUACCGUACGACAGUCUUCUACUUCAAGUGACUGUACCGUACGGCAGACUUCUACUUCAAGUGACUGUACCAUACGGCAGUCUUCUACUUCAAGUGACUGUACCAUAUGACAGUCUUCUACUUCAAGUGACUGUACCAUACGGCAGUCUUCUACUUCAAGUGACUGUACCGUACGACAGUCUUCUACUUCAAGUGACUGUACCGUACGGCAGUCUUCUACUUCAAGUGACUGUACCGUACGGCAGUCUUCUACUUCAAGUGACUGUACCAUACGACAGUCUUCUACUUCAAGUGACUGUACCAUACGGCAGUCUUCUACUUCAAGUGACUGUACAAUACGUAAGUUUCCUACUUCAAGUGACUGUACCGUACGGCAGUCUUCUACUUCAAGUGACUGUACCGUACGGCAGUCUUCUACUUCAAGUGACUGUACCGUACGGCAGUCUUCUACUUCAAGUGACUGUACCGUACGGCAGUCUUCUACUUCAAGUGACUGUACCAUACGACAGUCUUCUACUUCAAGUGACUGUACCAUACGGCAGUCUUCUACUUCAAGUGACUGUACAAUACGUAAGUUUCCUACUUCAAGUGACUGUACCGUACGGCAGUCUUCUACUUCAAGUGACUGUACCGUACGGCAGUCUUCUACUUCAAGUGACUGUACCGUACGGCAGUCUUCUACUUCAAGUGACUGUACCGUACGACAGUCUUCUACUUCAAGUGACUGUACCGUACGGCAGUCUUCUACUUCAAGUGACUGUACCGUACGACAGUCUUCUACUUCAAGUGACUGUACCGUACGGCAGUCUUCUACUUCAAGUGACUGUACCGUACGACAGUCUUCUACUUCAAGUGACUGUACCGUACGGCAGUCUUCUACAUCAAGUGACUGUACCAUACGGCAGUCUUCUACUUCAAGUGACUGUACCAUACGACAGUCUUCUACUUCAAGUGACUGUACCGUACGGCAGUCUUCUACUUCAAGUGACUGUACCAUACGACAGUCUUCUACUUCAAGUGACUGUACCAUACGACAGUCUUCUACUUCAAGUGACUGUACAAUACGUAAGUUUCCUACUUCAAGUGACUGUACCGUACGGCAGUCUUCUACUUCAAGUGACUGUACCGUACGGCAGUCUUCUACUUCAAGUGACUGUACCAUACGACAGUCUUCUACUUCAAGUGACUGUACCGUACGGCAGUCUUCUACUUUAA